UCACUCCAUUACACUGGUUAUUGUUCGGCAGGGGCGCAGACAUGCUGUUUCACGCACACUGACUCGCAAAAACUGAAGACCAAAAGUUUAUUCGGGCGCUUAUAUAGAUAUAUAUACACCGAGUUCUCGUGAAGUUCACCUGAGGUCACGAGGAGCGAGGAAAAUGUCCCGCGGUUCUAACGCAGGCUUCGACCGACACAUCACCAUAUUCUCCCCAGAGGGCCGCCUCUACCAAGUCGAGUAUGCCUUCAAAGCCAUCUCUCAGAGUGGGUUGACAUCAGUGGGAAUCAGGGGGACAGACACCGUUGUGGUGGUUACACAAAAGAAAGUACCGGACAAGCUGCUGGACUCUUCCACCGUGACCAACAUGUUCAAACUGACCCCACGCAUCGGUUGUGUGAUGACUGGACACAACGCGGACAGUCGUUCCCAGGUUCACCGGGCCCGAGUGGAAGCUGGAGAAUGGAAAUAUAAGUUUGGUUAUGACAUCACAGCAGACGUGUUGUGUCGUAGGUUGGCUGACAUCUCCCAGGUCUACACGCAAAACGCUGAAAUGAGACCUCUAGGCUGCUGUAUGCUCCUGCUGGCUAUCGACCCCCAGCAGGGUCCUGUCCUGUAUAAAUGUGACCCGGCCGGUUACUACUGUGGCUUUAGAGCCACGGCGGUCGGAGCCAAACAGACGGAGGCCAACAGCUACCUGGAGAAGAAGCUGAAGAAAAAGCCAGAGCUGACCCACGACAGGACAGUGCAGAUGGCUAUAUCCUGUCUGUCCUCUGUGCUGUCUUUGGACUUCAAGGCCACUGAGCUGGAAAUCGGUGUAGUGACCAAAGAAAAACCUAAGUUCAGGAUGUUGACAGAGGCAGAGAUUGAAGCUCAUCUGGUCGCCAUAGCAGAGCGGGAGUAGAAGUGCCCCCACAAUCGUCGGCCCCUGAUUCAUAGUUCACAGUAUUUCAUUUUCAGUGUGUGGUGGGUUUGAGCCGAUUAGCAACACUGUUACCAACAAUCUCAAGACAAAAAUUCACGUCUUCAACCUGCUCUUCUAGAACGACUAAUCAUGCACACCUGAAGAAGAAACUCUGUUGUAAAGGAUCGAUAUAGGUUAGAGUCAUAGUAAUAUGAUGGGCCAUUUAAAAAAAUAGAUAUACAGCAGUGAUGCAAUGACACACAUGGUCAACGAUGGUUUAAGCAACACAUUCCUCGAUCAUACUUUGUGUGUGACUAGCACAAGUUGUUAGUUGCUGGUUAAUACUCAUCAUACAGCUCAUUUAAUGCUGAAUGUUUGUAACACCACCUGCAGUAAAAGUGUCCUUGGAUUCAUUGUCAACCCUUUUUUAAACAGCUGUCGCAAUAAAAGACAAUAGAAAGAA